CUGUGAUCACGCACGCAAUACACAAGACGCAACUAACUCAGUGGCUGCCGCUGCUGUUGCUAUUGUAUGUGAAUGCAUACAAUAUGUAUACAUUUUGCGUAGUAUAUGAUGUAUACAGUACACAACGCAGUACGUACAUGGAUAUUAAUACAUAGAUCACGGCAAAAUAAAUAGUGCUUUACGUGCAUAAUUCGGAUAAUCGUACAAAUCUGACUUAAUACAUUUUUUAUAGGACAAAGAAAUGUUCAACUAUUGUUCUCGUAUCGCGUAAAUCUAUCUUGUACGGUACUUAAUUUCUUUCAUUUGCUUUUCCCGAUAGCUUUCUUUCCUUUCGCACUACAAAUGAAAACCACAGUUACGAUACAAAACCUGGUAAAAAAAAAUAAACAUAUUCUUCGAGAGAUCGCGAUAGAUCGCACGGUACAUACGUACAUAUAGUUAUGGAUUUUCUAAAGAAAAAGCGAGAACUCGAAGAAGCACGUGACAGUCGUGGAGAGCGAUUAGAGUGGGGUAGAGAAGGAGGAACGGUGGGACGAUUGUAAAAUGUAACUAUUACAUACAUAGUGUAUAACGAUGUGUACAACGCAUGACGUAUGCGUGUGCGUAUUUGUAUUCGUAUUCGUCGACGACAAACUGACCGAAGAGACGGUCGUGUAAGCCGUAAGCGGUCAACCAAGCGAAUCGACAGUUAUGAUCGAUCGGCAUAAAUUGGAUCACGCAAGUCUACGCAUCAAGUUCAUAUCAAUGAAUUCGUGCCGAUCGAUUUUGACUAAUAACAUUUUAACAAUGUGUAUUAUGUUAUAAAAGAAGAAACGCGGCAAGAUACCGAAGAUAUCGAUAGACGAUCGAAUCGUCUAUGCGUUGCGGUAUUUACUGGAAGCAAAAGUAGACGCGAGAACAACACAGCACUUAGCAUUUAAUGUCUCUACAAAACAUAUAGUUUCUUUCUCGUGUUUCCAAUCACUUGUCGCAUCGAUUGAGCUCCUUCUUUUCUUAAAAUAUUGUUGGAACGGAACGAUAAUCGGAGUAUCAAUUCCGUUUCUCUCAGCUUUUCGGAAUCGGAGGAUCGAUUUUAGGAAAAAGACAUCGAGAGUUACAUACAAUCUUCUUCGAAACGGAAAACACGUGCAUUUCACAACGGGGAAGAAAAUACGACAACGCCAGACAGAACGGAACGUGGCGGACUGAAACAACACGGUGACUCAAACCUCAAGCCAAGAUGGUACUGGAAAGUACGAUGAUAUGUGUCGACAACAGCGAUUAUAUGAGAAAUGGAGAUUUUUUACCAACACGUCUUCAAGCACAACAGGACGCCGUUAAUUUGGUUUGCCACUCAAAGUCUAGGUCUAAUCCUGAGAACAAUGUUGGUUUAAUAACAUUAGCCAACGUCGAAGUAUUGGCAACAUUAACUAGCGACAUGGGUAGAAUUUUAUCCAAGCUUCAUCAAGUACAACCCAAUGGUAAUCUAUGUUUGAUUACUGGAAUAAGGAUUGCGCAUUUAGCAUUGAAACAUCGUCAAGGUAAAAAUCAUAAAAUGCGUAUCGUGGCUUUUAUUGGUAGUCCGAUAGAAAUUGAUGAAAAGGAACUCGUAAAAUUAGCAAAACGAUUGAAGAAAGAAAAAGUGAAUGUGGAUGUAAUUAGCUUUGGUGAGGAAAGCAUCAACAAUGAAGUGUUGACUGCCUUUGUUAACACCUUGAAUGGAAAGGAUGGUACAGGCAGUCACCUGGUCACGGUUCCGCCUGGGCCACAUUUAUCCGACGCGUUAAUUUCUUCUCCCAUAAUUCAAGGAGAAGAUGGAAUGGGCGGUACUGGUAUGGGAGGAGCCGCUUAUGAAUUUGGUGUUGAUCCAAAUGAAGAUCCAGAGUUGGCAUUGGCAUUACGCGUUUCUAUGGAAGAGCAACGGCAACGUCAAGAAGAAGAAGCCCGGCGUGCGCAAGCGACCGAAGCAGCUGCGAAUAAGCAACCAGAAACUAUUAAAGAGGCACCGAAUGAAGAAACAAUGUUGAAACGCGCGCUUGCCAUGUCGCUCGAGGGUGCGGAAGAUUCAUCUUCGGCAUCUGAUAAUACUACACCAUCUAGUGGAAAUGUACCAGACUUUGCUCGUAUGACAGAAGAGGAGCAGAUUGCUUUUGCCAUGCAGAUGUCCAUGCAAGAUCAACAAGAACACGAGUCCUUGAAAGAAGAGGCGAUGGAAGUCGAAGAAGACUAUGCCGCUGUAAUGUCCGAUCCAGCUUUUCUGCAAUCAGUUUUGGAGAAUUUACCGGGUGUUGAUCCUCAUUCGGAAGCCGUCCGUCAAGCUGUUGGAUCUCUUCAGCAAAACAAGGAUAAAGACAAGGAGAAAGAAAAAGAGAAGGAGAAGGAUAAAGACAAGGAAAAGAAAUGAAAAAUCAGUGCCCCUUGAAUAUAUAACUAUAUGUUAAUCGCUGUUUUGUGAAUACAUCUAUACCAAAUAUAAGUUUUCGAUUUUUCAGGACCGAA